UCGGACAGACAGGAGAGCGCUCUGAUAGAGCUCAUGGUGUGCACCCUCCGUCAGGCAGCAGAGGCUCACCCACCGGUCGGCAGAGGCACCGGCAAACGGGUGUUGACAGCGAAGGAGAGGAAGACGCAGAUAGACGAUAAGAACAAACUGACAGAGCACUACAUCAUGGCGCUGCCCAUGCUGCUGUCCAAGUACCAGGCGGACUCAGAGAAGGUGGCCAACCUGCUGCAGAUCCCUCAGUUCUUCGACCUGGACGUGUACAGCGCGGGGCGGAUGGAGAAGCACCUGGACGCCCUGCUGAAGCAGAUCCGCUUGGUGGUGGAGAAGCACAUCGAGAUGGACGUGCUGGAGGCCUGCAGCAAGACCUACAGCAUCCUCUGCUCCGAGGAGUACACCAUCAUGAACCGCGUGGACAUCGCCCGCUCGCAGCUCAUCGACGAGAUGACCGACCGCUUCUCUCACUCUGUGGAGGAUCUGCUGCAGGAGGCGGAGGAGGCCGAUGACGACGAUAUCUACAACGUUUUAUCAACGCUCAAGAGACUCACAGCCUUCCACAACGCCCAUGACCUGACACGGUGGGAUUUAUUUGGGAGCUGCUACCGGCUGCUGAAGGCGGGCAUCGAGCAGGGCUCCAUGCCGGAGCAGAUCGCCGUGCAGGCCCUGCAGUGCUCGCACUACUCCGUCCUCUGGCAGCUGGUGAAGGUCACAGAGGGCUCUCCCAGCAAGGAUGACAUGUUGGCUCUCAGGAGAGUGGUGAAGUCGUUCCUGGCUGUGUGCCAGCAGUGCCUGUCCAACGUCAACACAAUGGUCAAAGAGCAGGUAACAAAACACAUCUGAAACAAGCUGCGCACACCUUUAGUGAAGAAUAGAUGUGUCUUGAGAACAGGUGAACAAUUU